AUAUCACCACGGUGUGCGGACACAUCACACGGACAACUUCCGAUCGGGUCACUUGAAACCCCGCAAUUUGGACUUACCUAAACCUUCUUUACUGAUACAUGAUUUAACCUGGCCCAGUUUUUUUCUGCUACAGGUCACGAUGUCCCAUCUGGUUCUAUUUGUGCUCUUCGGCUCUGUCGUCAGCUUGGUUCAGUCCCAAGGAUGUCUACUCGACGGUAACACAGCCAAACAGGUCGUUCCAAAUCCUAUUGCCAAUGAGAACACCUUCGUCGCAUUGAUACUUCCGGUGCACAUGCCGAACUUAACUUCCGGUUUAACAUGUGGACCAAUCAGCUCUGAGAGUAUCGUUAAAGUGGAAGCGUUCUUCUGGGCAUUAGAUACCCACAAGGACAGAUGGUCUGCCAAUGUUCCCGCCAAUCAAAACGGGAUUGUGUUUGAUUCUUGCAGAAGUGCCGACAGGAUCUCUGAUCUAAUAGCUCCAGUGGAAUCACAGCAAUGCUCUUUGAACGUUGUGGCUUAUCUAGUUGCUGACAGGCAUGCGGUCGCCGUGCGAACAACACAGCUCAGCAGUUCGAAGCCUGCCACAGUUAUAAACUCCGCUUUAAAUGACCCUGGGCCGCUGACGUCAGACUUAGAAAACCUUUACCACUUGUCGCCAACUGCCCAGCAAGAAUCUACAGCAAUACUGAGGCUGUUGCGUGCAGUUGGCUGGCGCUACGUUCAAGUGUUGUAUAGCAAUGACGCCUACGGUCGAUCGGCAUUCAACGCCUUCGUGUCCAAUUCUUUGAAGUACGAAGUGACGGUAGGGCGUUCUGAAAUGGUAAGCGACACAGCGUCUUCUCCAGAACUAAAUAAGCAUGACUUCGUAGUAGUCAUCUUUGCCUAUCCAGAACAAAAACUCAAAAUUUUCACAGACUUGGGUGAAAACCAGUUCAUUUUCGUGACGACAAAUUUUGGUGACCGCUUUCCAGCGGGUGACGGGAGACAGUACAAAAGUCGUAUUGUUGAUGUCAGAACAUCUUUGAAUACAAUGUACAAUGAAGCUGUCCAAACGUUCAAAACCGAAGUGAUGAAUAAAUUAACAUCAGCCGGAACCGGAAAUACGGAGAAUCCAUGGUACGCUGGUUUCUGGGAAAGUUUGUACAAGUGUGAUAUCAAUGGCGCUGGGGGUCAGGACUAUACUGUUCCUUGUAAUAAGACAUUGGAAAUCGGAGAGAAUUUGUCGGUAAAUCCACAAAGUGUGGCCUUGAUUAUCCAAGGUGUCGACCUAAUGCUGAAGACUCUGAGAGCGAGCUGCAAUGGUCAAUGUCCAGUUGAUUCCCUGGAAAACAGACGAAAAUCUUUUAAAACUCAUUUUCUAACGACUGCAGACGAGGCGGAUCCAGCCUUCGAUGAGAGCACCCGGGCACGUACCUCUUGGGAAUAUAAGGUGUUCUUGAUAGAGAGGACAGGGAACAAAUUCACUGAAGCAAAGGUCGGCGAUAUCAAGACGAACUCUGUUUCUGUGAACCGCGAAGUGUUGGACGCCGACAUGUUUCGAGUACUGUACACAGGAGAGUCCAGAGUGGUAGCCCGGCCCAUCCUGGCGGAUAUAUUCUACCCGACACGUUACGACGCCUGGGGAUACGGUUGGGUGAUCGCUAUCGGUGUGCUGGCUUGUAUCGGACUCCUCCUUGUCUUCAUCAUCUCGAUCUUGCUUUGCGUCCUCAGGAGUAGACGAGCCAUGAGCAACUUUGUCUGGCUUUACGCAGUUCUCUUGUUCGGAGCUUUUGUCGGGUAUCUGACCCUCUUCGCCUAUCUCCCUGUGCCCACGAAGGCUACCUGUGGCAUCAUUCGUUUCGGGGUUGGAAUCUCAUACGGCAUCUGUUUCUCGGUGAUGGUUGUCUUAGGACUGCUUCUCUGCAAGAAGAGCGAGAUGUUCUCCUCCAUGAGAGUCUCUAACAUCUUCAUCGCCGUCACGCUCAUACUGCUGAUCACGGUGGAAGUUGUGAUCCUCGUCACGUGGUUGAUUUGGACGCCCCCUGGAAUCAGUUACGCCUUCUUCAAUGGCUACCAAUUCCCUCGGCGGAUAUGCAACCAUUACACUCUCGGCAUAGGCAACACGUUUCUUCGGACGGUGUUCGAGAAUCACCUCAUCCAUCUGAUUUAUAUCAUGUUUCUCAUCUUGCUCGUGCUCCUCAUGGCUAUUUUCAUAUUCCUGCGGCGCAAGAAUCUCCGUGCGAGUCGGAACAAAACCGAGAGCUACGCCCUACUGGCGGCGGGGAUAGGAACUGGGCUCGGUACGGUGGCUAUCUGGCUGGUAUGGACUCUGGUGGGUGCGUAUGGGGGAGUUCGUUACAAUGACGUCAACAAUUAUGGAGACGCUGCCAUUGCGUUUGGGCUCUGGUUCACGCUUACUUGGCUGCUUAUUUUCCUUCUGGUGCAGAUUAUCAACACCUGGAGAGGUUCGAGCUCAAAGGUGAAGAAAACGCACGAUGAGAUUAAGGUAAAUCUGGCGAAUAUGAACCACAACCACGCUAAAGGUCACAGCUACAACUCCGGGGUUUCCACGGUGGACGGCAGGGUAAUCCACGAGCACUACGAGCGCCAUGGAAAUCACGGACAUCUGAACAAGGCGCCGCUCAUCCUUCAGUCGAAUGGCGGCAACGCGAUGACGUCAUACGAACAGCACGUGGAAACCCGUACGGAGAAGUCUCACUUCCGCCCACCGCCAGUCCCCGAAAACGAGGCUGUUGUCAAUCAUGAGCAUGUGUUCAUGACGGGAAGUAACUUUUGCGCGGAGUGCGGAUUUGCUCAUAACCCACAUGCCCUAUAUAUACGUCACCCGAGAAGCGAGCACGGAAUGUCCUCUCACGACAACAGCUUUGAGCAGUCCACAGUACACCGGGUUAAGGGUGUUGAGACUGGCAUGUACGAACCGAGGAUGGCCACGUCUUUGCAGGCCCUCCAUUUAUUGCACCCAAGAUCUCGUCCAGUCUCGCGGGCAGGCAGCCUUGAUGGUGCCAGGCGUCAUGUCGUUCACGGCGGAAACCCCCGGGUGGCACGUUCAGAGAUUGGUUACACAACAAGCUACUCAACUCACGGGAGCCACCAUGGCACAAAUAUCAUCGACCUAAGACGUCCCCGCCAUCAUGACCGGCAUUAUUACCCAACUUUUCAGAACCCGAAUGUCUAUUUUACAGAGAAAGGUACCAGUGUCAUCUAGACAGAAUCGCAAGGUGAAAAUGACGGUUGGAGAUGACUACAGUUUCUCAUUGCGGCCUGAUGUGUUGAUUGAUCCUGUGUGGCAGUUGUUCUCUUUGGUCAAACAGAGUCGCGCUUAAAGUUCUGUCAACCGAAAAUAGGAACCGAAUGAAUAUCGUGAGAAGGAUAUGUGGAAUUCUGUCUAUUUGGUGAAGGCUAAGUAUCACAUCUCUCUCAUUAAUUUCAGCACCUGAGUGUGUAUUUCCUUCGCUCUGGGAAUUGUAUAAAAUGCAUCGACUUUCCUUUUCUAUCGAAGAAUUUCCAGACCAAAUUGAAAUAUAUAAAGAAAAAGGUGGAGUUCAGGUUUUGUGAGUAAAGUUGCCUCCCUUUAUUUGAAGACUGUUAAGAAGCAAUUUUUCGUCUUGCCAGAUCGAAUUUAUUAUUAUAAUCCAUUGCUUCAUGGAUAUUAUACACACUGU